UUUUUUGUGACUACUGUGCUCUGCUUCCUGCUGCAAGUGGCCAUUGGGAUUAUUGCUUUUAUCUACAGAGAAGAGCUUCCACACGCUGUGAGCUCCCAGUUCAUGUUUGCUGUCAGAGGCUACAGCAAGGAUAGAGAGAUUCAGACAGCCCUGGACUGGUUGCAGACUGAGUACCAGUGUUGUGGCUUCAAUAACUAUGAAGAUUACAGCAAGGAAAAUGAACAAUUCAAAGGCAAUUCAGAAAAACCUAAAGUUCCAGAAUCUUGUUGUAAACAAAAACAGGGUGUUGUGAUGACUCGUGUCUGUGGCUAUGAGGUCAAUGGGAAUCUAACGAUGGCUGAUGUUGUCAAUGUGGAAGGCUGCACUUAUUCACUCAUUAAUUGGCUCAUGGAGCACUUGGAUCUGGUUGGGGCCAUAGCUCUUGGAUUUGCAAUACCCCAGAUUUUUGGCAUCUUGCUGUCCUACUACUUUCUGCGGAAGGUCAAGGAAUACAGAGUUUGGUAUCGUGUAGACUUCAGAAGUUAA